ACAUUCGAGCCGUAAUAUACGGCUUGACAAAAAAGUUUCUUAAAAAGUGUCUGUUUCAGUCAAUUAAGUCUUGUGUUUACAUACAAGAUGGGUGACAAAAAUAACUUGUUGCUGUUCUUCGACCGGCCCACGGAGCCAUGCUUCAUGCAAAAGGGUGAAGAGAAGGCAGUCUUUGAAGUACCUGAUCAUUAUUACCCCGAUAAAUACAAGAGCCUGAGUUCAACCCUGUCGAAUCGGUUCGGUAGUGAUGCGUCACGUACCAUACCUGUGCGGAAUAUUUCCCUGCCGAACUUGUCCCUGCCCAUGCAGCUGCCUUACAAUGACCAGUUCUCCCUGUUCGUUCCGCAGCACCGCAAGAUGUCGGGAAAACUUAUCGACAUUUUUCUAAAUAUGCGUGACGUGGAUGACCUCAUGUCGAUCUGCUCGUACUGUCAGAUGCGCAUCAACCCGUACAUGUUCAAUUAUUGUUUGUCCGUCGCCCUGCUGCAUAGGGAGGAUACAAAGGGCUUGAACAUUCCAACAUUCGUGGAGUCAUUCCCGGACAAGUUCAUUGACCCGAAGGUGUUCCGACGUGCUAGGGAGGUCACUAACGUCGUCACUCCCGAUCAAAGGAUGCCGGUGGUGAUUCCACCGAGCCUGACGGCGUCGGACGGGGAGCCGGAACAGCGCGUGGCGUACUUCCGCGAGGACAUCGGCAUCAACCUGCAUCACUGGCACUGGCAUCUCGUCUACCCCUUCGAGGGAGACUUCGACGUCGUCAACAAGGACCGCCGCGGAGAGCUGUUCUACUACAUGCACCAGCAGAUUAUCGCCAGAUAUAACAUGGAGCGGCUGUGCAACAACUUGGGUAUCGUGACGAGAUAUAAGGACUUCCGCGCGCCCAUCGCCGAAGGUUACUUCCCGAAACUGGAUUCCAACGUCGCCAGUAGAUCUUGGCCUCCCAGGUUCGCAGGUUCCACCAUACGUGACCUGGACCGGCCCGUGGACCAGAUCCGCGCGGACGUGUCCGAGCUGGAGACUUGGCGCGACCGCUUCCUGCAGGCCAUCGAGAACAAUGCCGUUAUAUUGCCCAACAACACGUCGAUGCCUCUGACGGAAGAGACGGGCAUCGACGUACUCGGUAACCUGAUGGAGUCGUCCAUUAUCAGCCGCAACCGCGGCUACUACGGCGACCUCCACAACAUGGGACACGUAUUCAUAUCGUACGCCCACGAUCCUGACCACAGGCAUUUGGAACUAUUUGGCGUUAUGGGUGAUUCAGCUACAGCGAUGCGCGAUCCCGUGUUUUACCGUUGGCACGCGUACAUCGACGACAUCUUUAACUUGUACAAGUCUAAGCUGCCCCCGUAUCCCGCCGCUACCUUGGAUUUCCCCGGUAUCCGAGUAUCAUCUGUUGGCAUCGAAGGUCCCGGAGGAAACAAUACGUUCACCACUCAGUGGGAACAGAGCACCGUGGAGCUGUCUCGAGGGCUGGACUUUACUCCCAGAGGCAGCGUGCUUGCCAGGUUCACGCAUUUGCAACAUGACGAGUUCCAAUACGUUUUUGAGGUGAACAACAUGAGUGGUCAAUCAGUGAUGGGCACGUUCCGUGUGUUCAUGGCGCCGAAGGUGGACGAGCGCGGUCAGCCGCUAUCCUUCGAGCAGCAGCGUCGACUCAUGGUGGAGCUGGACAAGUUCUCGCAGCCACUGAACGCCGGUAACAACACAGUGCGUCGCCCAUCGACCGAGUCGUCGGUGACCAUCCCGUACGAGCGCACGUUCCGCGACCAGAGCGCGCGGCCCGGCCAGCAGGGCGACGCCGCCUCCGCUGAAUUCGACUUCUGCGGCUGCGGGUGGCCGCACCACAUGCUGCUGCCCAAGGGCACCACGCAGGGAUACCCUGUCGUGCUCUACCUUAUGGUCACCGACUGGAACCAGGACAGGGUACAACAAGACACAGUGGGUUCAUGCAACGACGCGGCAUCGUACUGCGGCAUCAGGGACCGUAAGUACCCGGACCGGCGGCCCAUGGGCUUCCCGUUCGACCGUACUGCGCCGGCCAACACCUUAUCCGACUUCUUGCGUCCGAAUAUGGGCGUCCGAGACUGCAGCAUCCGUUUCACCGACGCCACCAGGGUGCGCAGGCAGCGGUAGAUUAAAGAGGCAGAGGGGAUAACAGAAUUCAGAAUGUUACAAAAUUGGGUUUAAAUGGGAAUCAAAUUAAGAAUUAUUUAUUUUGCCUUUGCAAUGACGAUAGUGAAAAUCUCAAAUAGUAAAAAGUUUUCAGAUAUACAGCUAAUAACAAAAACAUAAAUGAAAUAAUACGUAACUAAUUUAAUUGAUGAAAUAAAAGAAUAAAAAAUGUUUUAACACAUAAAAGAUAGAAUUUAACACUUCAAUUUAAAUUUUAUAUCAAUUAGAAUAAGCACAUUUAAUCAAAUUCAUGUAAAUUAUUAUCUUCAACGAAGC